AUGUCGGCGUUUGAGGUUGGACACGCCCCCCCUUCUCUCUGGGCCCCCAGUCGCACCCCUCCUCCCCUCCAGACUCCUCCCCCCCCUGACAAGCCCAAAAACCGGGGCAGCAGCACUGCGGCAUUCGUGCUGGUCUGGGGGAAAAAACAGCCUAGCAAAGUUCCAUGUGCACCGCCUGGGGGAUGGGGAGAGGGCCGUCUGUUGUCCACUGAUACCAAAAGCAGCGGGCGGGGGGGACCUGAUUGCGCCAACGCGCCCCAGCACGGCGCCAGCACGGCCAGUCAUCCCUCCAGUGAGGUGGACAAGCAGCCCGACAGCACACAAGCCCUGGAGAAGAAAAAAAGUCAAGAAAGAAAUCUGUCCGACACGCCCCUCCUGCCCAGCACCACUUCCCCCACCACCUCCCUCCCCUUGGGCUCCCCCAUUGCUGUCCCCUUCGGCACUACGGCGGGCUUCUUGGCUGAGGGCAAGAGGAUUCUCAGCGUUUCUUUCCAGGCAGCAGGCUUUCUUACUCUCUCUCCCAAUGGCGCAAGGGCGGAGCAGGCGCUGUCGUGCUGGGCUGAUUGGCCGCCAUUCCAGCACGAUUGCGGGUUAACCGGGCCAGAUAUCAAGUUCGCUACUAUCAGCGCGGAGUACGGAGGAACUACCAGUAAACAGGAGAGAGCGAAGAAAAAUCGCACCUGGUGGGAAAUGCAGGGGCUUGAUCGGAGCUCGGCCCGCGGCCAUCGACGGCAAGACAUGCUACUGGUUGCGGUUCUUGCUCGCUUGCACCGGGGUCGGCCCAAUUCAUUUGCAUUUUGUUAG